UUGCUGAAACGUGAGCUUCACGGAGGGACGGCCGACUUCCGCAGGCCCCAGGUGAGAAAGGGCCACCUGAGUCCUGGGUGAGGGUCUUCCGGGUUUCUUUGGGGCCAGAGGAAUCCUGAAAUCAUGGAUCACCCACAUAUGCUUUGAGACAUGCUUUAGAUUUUUUUUCUUGAAGCCCUGCAACUUCCCUAAAAAUUGAAUGUAUUAUAGAACAGACCUAUGGUGAAGCGACUUCCAGUCAUUUGGAAAGGAUGGGAUGAAAAGGAACCUUGGUGAUAAUUUUGAUGUCUGCAAGAUUUAGUACCAGUGUAAUGGGAUUAUCGGUAACACCUUCACUGCAGAAAAAGCCACCUGGCGCUAUAACUGGCAGCAUCUGAGAACUAAUCCUUUCCCAUCUCUUGGAUGUCAUUCAUGAAGCUCAAAGCUAUUUCUACCCUGCUAACUGUGAUUAAUUUUAUAAACAACAACUAAAAAUCAGGAUCUGAAGUGGACAUAUAUCUUUCAGUUACUUUGUAUGCAUCAUUCUGUGGGGAAAAUGUAUUUUGUCUGUUUGACUCUACUGUGCCUGGAUGUAUUUGUUUGUUUUAUAUUUAUCCUGUUCAGGGUUUGUGGAAUUUCUUGAAUUAAUGAGAUAAUGUCUUUUAUCAGUUUGGCCAAUGGUGGCAGAAUCUACAUAGAACUAUGAUUCGUGGUGUUCUGGGAAAAACCUUUCGACUUGUUGGCUAUACUAUUCAGUACGGCUGUAUAGCUCAUUGUGCUUUUGAAUACGUUGGUGGUGUUGUCAUGUGUUCUGGACCAUCAAUGGAGCCUACAAUUAAAAAUUCAGAUAUUGUCUUUGCAGAAAAUCUUAGUCGACAUUUUUAUGGUAUCCAAAGAGGUGAUAUUGUGAUUGCAAAAAGCCCAAGUGAUCCAAAAUCAAAUAUUUGUAAAAGAGUAAUUGGUUUGGAAGGAGACAAAAUCCUCACCACUAGUUCAUCAGAUUUCUUUAAAAGCCAUAGUUAUGUGCCAACAGGUCAUGUUUGGUUAGAAGGUGAUAAUCUACAGAAUUCUACAGAUUCAAGGUACUAUGGACCUAUUCCAUAUGGACUAAUAAGAGGACGAAUCUUCUUUAAGAUUUGGCCUCUGAGUGAUUUUGGAUUUCUACGUGACAGCCCUAAUGGCCAGAGAUUUUCUGAUGAUUAGCAAAAAUAUAUUUUUAUGACUUGAUUAUUGUCUCCUGUUCAAGUGAAUUUAUUACUGCCGUUGAAACCAUGUACUUAAUAAACUAUUUGCUAUUCA